GCGGACUAGGCCCAAGCCGCCCUGAUGCCGAAGCUGCCGCUGCUGUUGUCGCCGGUGCCCGAGCAGGAGACUGACGUCGGGGGGCGGCUUCUUGGUAGCGGCUCUCCCGCCGAUAUCAGUCGGUGUGGCUCUCAAGGUUCAGCGACUUUUUCCAGGUCCUCUGUUGAAUCUGAGACUCUACAUAAGCAAAGUGAUGCCUGCUAUGCAGAGAAUAUUGAGAAUGAGUCUGAGGAAGAGGAAGAGGAGGAGGAGGAGGAGGAGGAAGAGGAGGAUGAAAGGGAAGAAGAGUGGGACACAGACCUUGAAAUAGAAGAUUCUAAGCCAUCCUAUGAUCCAGCCGGAAAAGCCAAGUACCUUCACACAUGCCAAAUGUAUGGUGUCAUCCCAAUCUCUUACUUUUUACGGCAUAUGAAAGAUUCUGAACUAGCCCUGAUGCACCACGGCCUUGGCCCCAAGGGCGCCAAAGCUCUAGCCCUUUCCUUGACAAAUAACACCUCCAUUGUGAAUUUGAACUUGAGUGACAAUUGGCUGAAUGGAGAUGGGGCAGUUGCAGUUGCAGAUAUGUUAAAGGAAAAUUGUUAUAUUUCAGAUGUUGACUUAUCAGAGAACAGACUUGGAGUGAAAGGGGCAAAGGCCCUAUCUGCUAUGCUUCGGGAAAAUACAACACUCAUCACCCUGGAACUUUCCGGAAAUGAAUUAAAUGACGAUGCGGCCAGUUAUCUAGCAGAUGCGUUUCUGACCAACAACAAAGUGGAGUUCCUCAAUCUCAGUCACAACAAGUUUGGGGAGCUUGCAGGUGAAGUUCUUGGAGCCGCAGUCGCUGAAAAUGUGGGCUUGAAGGAGCUCAAUCUCGGCUGGAACUACUUUCGGGGCCAAGGAGCUGUUGCUAUUGCCAAAGGCUUGGGGGCAAACAUAUUCCUUCGGGUGCUCGAUCUUUCCUACAAUGGCUUUGGUAAUAGUGGGGCGGCUGCCCUGGGUGAAGCCCUGAAAGUCAACAACGUGUUGGAAGAACUCCACAUUGGUAAUAACCGCAUCUCACUGGAAGGAGCCCUCUGUCUUGCGCUGGGCCUGAAAGAAAACAAGACUCUGAAGUGCCUUGGUGUGUCCAGGAACCCCAUCCAGAGCGAAGGCUGCAUUGGGAUUCUCAAAGCCAUCCGAGCCAACCCUGGCGCUGCCUUGGAGGUCCUGGAUUUUUCAGAGAUUGUUGUCAAGCAGGACUUUGCAGGACUCUGUGAUGCUGUUCAGGAAGUUUUUCCGAGUCUUCAGAUCAAACAUGAUGGAACCAGUCGCUUCUUCAGAGCUGAUCCCUCAAAGGUUUCCUGAGAAGAUCCCUGCCUCUGAAUGACCCAACGAAUCUCUGACCUUCCCUUUCUUGGUUAUCUGUAUGGUGGGAGAGGAGACCAUCCUAGGAGCCUCUGCUAUUCCUUCUGUGACACUUAAAGUUGGGGCAGGCCUUGCAGUUCCUCCCCAUCCAUGGUUUGU